UCAAUCAAUAGCUAGUCAAAGGAGUCCCGUGCUGUAAAUCCGAGCGGGCUGAGAUGAGUGGCAAAGGAAAACACGGAAAAGUGGCUUAACCUAUUUAAUUCUCAGAAAAAACAAUAUUAUUACUCAAAAAGUCGUAUGGAGUGUUUUGGAGGAUUGGCUAUUUUAUGGAUGUGGAACUGACAAUGCGUUCUGGAAAAGAAAACCCAAGAAUUUACAAGGCAUCGAGUUCACCCAGCGAGUUAUUCAUGGAGUGAGAAGUUCUGGGAAUCAUGAGCACAGGUGUGAAGAAGCCGCCCGUGGCCCCCAAACCCAAGGUUAUCCAGCAGCAGAAGCCAAUACCGCCUCCGAUCGCCCCGAAACCAGACAUCGUCCUCUCACACUCUUCUCCAGCAGUAACGAAGAAGGCGAAGCCAGCAGUUGCACCUAAGCCAUGCCUUCCCAAAAGCACUGCUUCUCCGGAAUCGAGACCUCUUACCCUAAAAGGCAUAGUUCUAACCUGCGCACAAGAGAGCACGGACACUUCGGAGAACCUGGGCCUUCUGAACUCGAAAAAUGGAAUGAAAACUCAGCUGAAAUCGGACUCGGAUUACAUCAUUCGGACUUGCUCCUGCGGCCAGGAUGGCUGUGUACAAUGUGAACGCGUGGGGAACUGCAAGUCAACCGGAACGACGAUAGACCAACUUGACAAGCAGUGGGAAACGUGCCAGAAUGGCGGGAUGGAAGGGUACAUCACACCGUCAUCCCCCGUUCCCAGGAUUCAGAAUGAACCUGAGAAUGGCCAAGAUAAAGUAGGGAACAAGAGCCAGGUGCUCAGUGCCAGUUUUUUGGAGCAGAAAUUAAAGGAUGUUUGGGUCCAGGCAGUAUCCCCCAACACCUAUCAUCUUAAGCAUAAACCUCAGGGAAAGCCCAUAGUGCCGAGUAAGUCUGGGAUACCGGACCAGAACCUGAAUGACACUGUAGAACCCAAUGUAAAACAGAUGUUCCCCGAAAAAUCUUGGAGUGAUUGCAAUGUCAAGCCUUCCAUCGAUAAAGUCGAAGACUUAUCUGGACAUGUGGAGAAUGCAUCGGAGAGGGAUGCUGAUUCUGAGCAGAUGCAUCAUAGAGUCUUGGUUCCAGCGGCUCCUCAAAAGCCUCUGCCGAUCCCCAUGCCGCGAAAGCCGAGAAAAUCUGCGUUACUUAGGCAGGCUGGUGUUGAUAUAAGCUCCCUGGAGAUCAAGGAGCCAACUGAAAUGGUUCAAGGAGUGACUAAUGAAAAGUCAGCCCCCUGUGAUAGUCCGUGUCUUUCUUCCAAAGUUCUGGUUCACACACAGUGCGUCUCCUACUCCAAGAACUCAGGUGAUGAUCACAAACAUUCUUCACCUUCUCUAGAAUCUGCCGUGUUAGAGGAUUUGAAGCGACCAAUACCUCCUCCACGUAGGGCAUCACUUACACCUGAACUCGACAGGGCAUCUGGCUUCUUUCUGCAUGGGAACUACACCCAGGAUGAGGGUGGUGAUCAUCACUGGGGGGGUGGUUUUAUGGAUGAAGUUGGGGACUGCGGUGACUUUCCUCCAUAUCCCAUAACGAGGAGCCUCCCCAAGAAGCUCAAGUUAAGCUGCAAUCUGCCUUCCUCUGUGGCAGCCAAGGUGUCCUCCUCCACGGAGGAGGAGAGCUCACCAAAAGUUGCCCCGAAAAAGCCACAGAGACACAGCCUGCCAGCUUCUGUGUUGCUGAAGAAAGAGCUGUCAGAUGAGGCAGAGGAGAGCGGCACAAACUACGAAGAUAGGAUCUACGAAGAAGCUCCUGCGGAGGAGGAGGAAUCUGAUGACACGCCAAAAGCGGAUGAGGGGGAGAUGAGAGAGCUUCCGGCUCCCCCUACUGAAAAAACGAUAUGGAGGUUUCCCCGGCAUAUGGUCCCAUUCUUCAUAAAACAAGCAUCUCGGGGUUCGAGCACAGAGCCACAGCGCAAAGCACUUGCCUUCCGCUUGGGGAAGCAGAGGGCCAAGUCCUUCUCGUCGGCAGAUCUGGACCGAUCUGACGGACAAAAGAGGAGCUCGUUCAGGAAGAUCCUGGAACUGAAGCUCUCCGUGAAGAUGCUUCCCAAGCUGCUGGCGAAGGGGAGCCAUUCUCUGGACUGCACUUCUAUCGAGACGGAGCAGUCUAUGGAUGAGGACUGUAACGGGGCCGCUCAGGACCAGGACAGGACCCGGCCCAGGGAACGCAAGCUGUCGUGCCCGCAGAUCGCUGCUGAGCCUGAUGUGCACCGGGACGAAUGCCAGUCAGGCGCGGAGUAUGAGAACCUGCCAUUCUAUGAGGAGAUACCCGAGUACAUGAACCUGCCAUUUCUGAGUGCGGCGGGGGCACUUGGUGGCUCGCAUGCCUGCUUCACGUGGCAGAACUCAUCCAGCAUUGAGGGCGACGACGAGGACGGGGACAUUUAUGAGAUUCAGGAGCCGUACGAGCCUCGAGAGAAGUUUGCAGCUUGCAAGAGGGCAUCUCUGGAGGAGGACGAUGGACGCUCCGAGGAAGAGGAAGUCCCCGGCAGCUCGGACGAGGACGACGACGACAGCUCCGCCUCCAGCAAAGGGGAAGCGGAGUCACCCGGGGAUCAGCAGAAUGAAAUCGGAGCCAAGAAGACGAAGGUGGCCUUCAUCGCCAAGGAGAUCAUGAGCUCCGAGAAAGUGUUUGUGGACGUGCUGAAACUGCUUCACAUUGACUUCAGAGACGCCGUGGCUAAGGCGUCCCGGCAGAGCAGCAAGCCAGUUAUCGAGGAACGGAUCCUCAACCAGAUCCUCUACUACCUUCCCCAGCUGUAUGAGCUCAACCGGGACCUACUGAGAGAGCUGGAGGAGAGGGUGGCCCACUGGAACGACCAGCAGCAACUGGCUGACAUCUUUGUGAAGAAGGGGCCGUAUCUGAAGAUGUACUCCACCUACAUCCGUGAGUUUGACAAGAACGUGGCGCUCCUGGACGAGCAGUGCCGGAAGAACCCGGGGUUCGGCGCCGUGGUGCGCGAGUUCGAGAUGAGCCCCCGGUGUGCCAGCCUGGCUCUGAAGCACUACCUGUUGAAACCUGUGCAGAGGAUUCCUCAGUACCAGCUGCUGUUAACAGAUUAUUUGAAGAACCUCCCUGAGGAUUCAUCGGACUACAAAGACACUAAAGCUGCACUGGGAAUAGUGAAGGAGGUGGCGAACCAUGCCAAUGACAUCAUGAAACAGGGGGACAACUUCCAAAAGCUGAUGCAGGUCCAGUACAGUCUGAACGGUCAUCACGAGAUUGUUCAGCCGGGAAGGGUGUUCCUGAAAGAGGGUACCUUGAUGAAGCUCUCUCGCAAAGUGAUGCAGCCCCGCAUGUUUUUCCUGUUCAAUGAUACCCUUCUGUACACCACGCCUGUCCAGUCUGGCCAGUAUAAACUGAACUGCAUGCUCUCCUUGGCAGGGAUGAAGGUGAGCAAGCCCAGCCAGGAGGCCUAUCAGAACGAGCUGAACAUCGAGAGCGUGGAGCGCUCCUUCAUCCUGUCGGCCAGCUCUGCCACGGAGCGGGACGAGUGGCUGGAGGCCAUCUCCAAAGCCAUCAACGACCACACGAGGAAGAAGAUCACCUUCAUCUCCAGCAAGAGUCUGGAGGAGGCUGACGGGGCCGGCCUGGACACUGGAGCCCCACUGGGCUCCAAGGCUCCCAUCUGGAUCCCCGACCUGCGCGCCACCAUGUGCAUGAUCUGCACCUGCGAGUUCACACUCACAUGGAGGAGACACCACUGCCGAGCCUGCGGCAAGGUGGUCUGCCAAACGUGCUCCUCCAACAAGCACUACCUGGAGUACCUGAAGAACCGGCCGGCCAGAGUGUGUGACCACUGCUUUGCCAAGUUGCAGAAGAAAAGUGACCUGGCCACCCCCACCGCGGUCUCCCCCAGCGGGAAGUCCUCCUCAGGUGGCUUCUCCUCAGUCCUGAACAGCAUCCCCUCCCGGAAGCAAAAGAAGAUUCCAGCAGCCCUCAAAGAGGUCAGUCUAAUGCCCACGUCAUCGCCACCCGCAUGUUCUCCCACGCGCCGGCGGGAAAUCCAGCGUCUGAUCCCGCGCUCGCCGGCCUGCUCCUCAGGUGUCCGCAAACACGGAGAACUCCUCCAUGAGCGGCUACCUGCUGAGGUCAAAGGGCAACAAGAAGCAGGGGAAGCGGCUGUGGUUUGUCAUCAAGAACAAAGUGCUGUACACGUACGCGGCCAGCGAGGAUGUGGCGGCCCUGGAGAGCCAGCCCCUGCUUGGCUUCUUCUUGCGGGAGGAGCGCGCGGAACCCGCCCAGAAGCUGCAGUUCAAACUCUACCACAAGAACACGCUCUACUACAUCUUCAAGGCGGAUGACCCGCACACGGCCCAGAGAUGGAUAGAGGCGUUCCAGGAUGCCAUGAUCCUUUAACAGUCCAGUUCCUCUCCUGCCAAACCUCGCAGACGGAGCGUCUAAGGCCCGUCUCGCGGUAGCCGUCCUGCCAAUGGUAUGGAUGAUCUCUUCCCCCCCUGAGCACACCCCCUGGAGGCGGGGCAUGCCGAUGAGUUACGAACAGCUCCACAGUAUCUCCGAGGCACUGAAGAGAGGCUCUGCCCUUUGGGAAAAUCGCUAAUACUUUAAUAAGUUGAGAAAUAGGGUGCGGUGACCGAUGUCACUCUGAACAUGAACGCUUUGCGGUAGACGACAAGUCUUGUCCGCUAGAUGAUCCUAAUGAUGAUCCUACUGGUGCUGUAGUUUUAUAUGUGUAUAUAACUACUUAUUUAAGAAGGUAAGCCCUGUUGCAGGGCCUUAGUCUAAGUCGAUCCAGAGCUACAAGCCAGUUUGGAAGAGAUGAUGUGAGGUUUUUCAGCUCUUAAGGUAAGAACUGUUGGGGUAAAGACAUAUCCUAAAGGUGUGGGUCAAGGGUCAAAGGUCAAGUUCAAAAGGGUGUACGCGGAAGUGUUGUGGAGUCCACGAUGGGGGGCAGGAGGAGUUCUUCGUCUGGUAAACCUUGUUUUGUGGAGCACUGACGUGUUCAGAUCAGCAGCAAAUGGCCGUCCUGUUCCAAACACCGUUCUGUCCCCCCCCCCAAGAAAACUUGUUUUUAACUGUCCUUUUAACUAUCCUUUGAAGUCCCAUUACAAAUGGAGAAUUAAGCCAGACUUUAAUGAUGUGUAAUAACGACGUACUGGGGAAAAAAACUGGAAAUAGUUCAUUGUGUAUUUGUGUGUAUAGCCAAUGUGUAAUAUAAACAAAUAUAUUUAAAGUAUUUUAGUUAAUUUUAAAUAGAUUCUCAUAACAGGUAAAGGGGCUUGAUAAAGCAAACACUGUUUUGCCUAAUGAUUUUACAGAAAUCUCUGAGCAGUUCGGUGGGUUUCUAUGCACUAACAGUUUAAACACUGCUGACACUGAAUUCACUGUGCCUAUGCGUGUCAUGAACAUCACAGUAGUGUUUAAAACAAAAAAAACACGACAUGAUGAUUAGUUUGAGUAGAAUCUGGUGGGACUCUUUCCAAAGUGAGAUAGCAUGUCGACAGGAGACAGUAUCAUUCUUACUGACCACCCUCCCCCCCCAUUGUCACCCCAGAAGUCUGGUAUACCAGACAGGUUUCCUGUGUGUCUCCAAGACCAGAAGACUAAUGAUGCAGGGUUGUCUGAUUUUUUUUUUUUUUAAUAUUGUAAAAAAGGUUUAUAUACAGAACUAAGGUUUACUUCACGGAAUGCCAGUUCAAGGAAAGACUAUGGUCAUAAUCCCUGUUAUUGCAGCAUGAUAAACCGUAGCUGUUACGGCUGACGUUUAAAAGCUUGCCCCGAUUUGGUGCCCCAUCUUCCAUGUUCCUGGUCUCCAUAUUAGUCAUUUUUGUGAUGAUUUCUGAGCUAUAUGUGUGUGUGAAUGAGGGGGCAUUCAGCUUUUAGCGAAGACGACGGCUUUAGCUGCCGAGUUUCACUGGGCAAAAUAAAGUGGCAAACUGGUGAACAAAAUCUGUUUGGUCUUACAGCAGCCAUCCUGAAGAGACCAGACAAACCCUUAGCUAUUCCAUGGAGUAGCUGAUCAAGGCUGUGACAAAAGAAAACCUGUUUUACCGUCCUUGUUAGUCUAGGAGUUAAUUUUCCGUGUAAUUGCUGGUGAGACUUAUGGGUUUUUUUUGAAGAUAGUUUAAGUGUAUAAAUGUUAGUCCUUGGAUACAUUUUAAUGUGUUUCUAGCAUGUUCCUUCAGUCCGCUUAUAGCGAUGUUUUAAUCUCGUCGCAGAAUGUAGGUGACGGCUGCCAUUGGGGGUGCACUGUAAAGGGCGGCGUUCUGGAAAAUGUAAUAAAUCACAUUCUGCAGUGUGGGAAUAAGGUGCAAACCGCUCCGAUUCCGUGAAAGUGCCUUUUUUCCCAUUUCUUCUCAAAGCUAGAAAUUGGGAGAGACUACAUCACGAUUUAUGGUUGUGGCAUGUCAAAACAGAAAAACUAAAAUAUUUUAAUGUAGAUUUUAAAUCUUGCUUCCCUCAUUUUUACAGCAGUGUUUAAUCACAGAUCAUGUUACCAAACUAGCAUUUAAACCUUUUGUGAAGCGUUUUUUUGCAUAAUGGUAUGUUCCACUUUGACUGCCUCCAGUAAUUUAGUACACUGUAAGUACCCUAUUGUAAGUAUUUAUAUAGUGAUUUGAUAAGUUUACAUUUGUUUUACUGGUGGGUUACCAUAGGCUGCACUACAAUGCUGUACAAAGGGGAUUAUGGGGGAAAUGGGUUUAUUAUUAAAAGGGAACAAGAAAAAAAAAAUCAACCGGUAUAUGGUCCAUGUCCUGUAGCACAACUUUGAAAUUCUCCACAAAGUUUAUUAAUAAAAUGCCCAUUUUGAAUAAA